AUGUGUCUGUAUUUCACAUAUCUUCCUUUUUUUCUUUCUUUCUUCUGUUUUUUCUUUCUAUUUCUUUCUUCUUCCUUCUUUCUUUUUCUUUUUCUUUCUUUCCUUUUUCUUUCUCGUCUGCUUUAUUCUCAUUUUUUCUUUUCCUCUUCUCUUUCUUCUUCUUUCUCUUCUCUCUUUUCUAUUCCUCUUUCUUCCUUAUUUUUCUCUUUUUCUUUCUUCUUUCUCUCUUUCAUUCUCUUCCCUUUUUUUCUUCCUUCUCUCUCUUCUUCUUUUCUGCCUUAUUUUUUCAUUUUCUUUUUUCUUCUUCUCUUUUUCUUUCGCCAUUCUCUUCUUUUUUCUUCUUCCUUCUUCCUUUACUUUUUUUUCUUUCUCUUUCAUUUCUUGUCCAGUUUUUAUAUCAGUCUCUUCUUCCUUCUCCUUUUUUCUUUCUUUCUUCUCUGCUUUCUAUUGCUUUCUUCUUCCUUCUAA